GGGAGAGGGAGAGGGCCUGGUUAAAAAACUGCAGGCCGAGGUGGCCAAAUUAAAGAAGACAAUUGUUUCUUUAAAUGAUGCCCUCGACCUCUCCCAGGGAUAUAACAGAACUUUGAGAAGGGCCUACUUAGCGCUGCAUCGAAAGAAUGCAAAGGCACAGAAAGAAACUGUGGUAUUUGGCACAGCAGGGCAGCUUGCAGCAUCCCCCCCCCCCGACUUCAGAAGCCGGCCCCCAGCCAACAUCAGAAGCAGGCACCUCUAAGUUACGGUCGACAGACUUCCCUGACCAUGUCCCCGUCCUCAACGUCUUAUUGGAAGACUUUAAGCGGCUGUAUGAGGGACCCGACCCAUCCCCCAAGCUCAUCAAUAAUGUUCAGUCCAAGUUGCACAGGAUCCGGCAAUUCAUUGGAUGGAUGAGCCAUGGCAAGAAAAACCUGGGGCACCUGACAUUCAUGGCCGAUCUGCCCAAUAUUCGGGGAUGGGUGAAGUCUCUGAGGAACAAUAAAAUGACUCUGUCAACGACAUUGCACUAUCUCAAAAACGUUCGACAGUUUAUAGUUUUUAUGGAAGAGACCCCACCUAGUACCUCGCGCCUCGGCAAGACGCAACUGAAGUUGAUCAAGAGGGAGAUCACUGUCUCAAUCAUGGCCUGGAAGCGCCCUGUGGUCCUGCACCAAAUGAGGGUGAAAGGACAAAAGGAUGCCAUCAUGCACACCAUUAAAGAGCUCCACGAGUGCCGCCGAUUGGCACUGGUGGCCAUCCCGAAACUCUUCUCUCGACUGGAAAAGCAGCACACAUCUAUGGCGCAGGGUAACCUUUUCGGGUACGUCACUGCCUACCUAGCCUCACUCUAUGGUCACCGCCUUGGAGUGUUCCUGAACAUGACCGACGUGCAGGUCAGCCAGGCAGUGCACGGACCCGAGAAGGAUGACUACCUGAUCAAAGUGGAGGAGCAUAAGACCAACGAGAGCUUUGGCACAGCCAAGUUGCUGCUCACCGACAAGGAAUACGGCUGGCUCAUCGACCUCAUCCAGCUCAAAACCAAGUUGGCAAAAGGGAAACCAAUGUCCAAGUACGUCUUUUUUAACACGACCUUCAGCCAGGACAGGAACCUAACCAAAUACCUUCAGCGCGCCUGGUUGGAGAUGCAGUUACGGGGGAUACCGACAUUCACCAGUUUGAGGAGCGCCAUUGCAACCUUUGCCAGAGACAGACACGGUGAAGACUCACAGGAGCGUAAAAGCAUGGCACGCUUAAUGUGCCAUGACACAGCUACGUCCGACAAGUUCUAUACGAUGGACCUGACAAUAGCGCAGGCGAGGAAAGGUCGUCUGCUUUUUGAAGAGGCCCAGAAGGAGGAAGUUGAGAGUGGGAAGAAGAAGCAUGAGAGCCCCCCACCUCAGUCUGAGGAGAGCGAGAAGGACGGAGAGGAGAGUGUGACCGGGACCAAGAAGAAGAGGAAGAAGAAGCACCAUGAGAGACCCCCACCUCAGUCUGAGGAGAGCGAGAAGGACGGAGAGGAGACGGACGGAGAGGAGACAGCGGAAGAUGAGGAGAGCCAGGAGGCGACACCGGAGGGAGAGGCGACAACGGAGAUCGCAACGACCACCAGCGACAAGAAGAGCACCCCAAGUGUGACCAGGAGCCGGGCUAAGAAAAGAUGCAGGGUCCUGUUGUCGCCCCUUAAGCAGAGUCCCCACAAACUCUCGAAUCGCAUCGGAGUCCGGAGAAGUCGGAAGGGUGCAACGAGGAGAAAGCUCUAAUGCUCUAAACGACUAGCGCAAAGUAGUUCUGUUUUUAUGUGUAUUUUACAGUUUUUUUUAGAUAGUUAAAUGUUGUAAAUCAUUUUUGAUAUAGUUAAAUGUUCAAUCAUUUUUGUAAAAUAAAAGUUUUACAUUUUU